AUGGCGUUUUUCAUCCAAGUUGGAGUAGCAGCGAUAGCGGUGUUUCUGAUGGCGGUGGCGAUGGAAUCUGACGGGCGGGAGCUGCGUCCGUCUGAUCACGGCCUCGUGUACCAGGACCCGGGGCCGGCAAGCGCGAAGGCGCCGACAGAUGAGAAGUCGUUCUUCGGCGGGGGAGGAGGAGAAAAUUCUCCGGCGGCGGGGGACGCGGCACUGCCGAAGCCAAAGGCGAUGAACUCGAGCGACGCCGACGCGUCGUGGUGGAAGGGCGUGGUGGCACGUGACGGCGGGAGGCGUAGAGAUCACGUGGAGGACGUGUUGCUGGUGGUGAGCUUGCUCUGUGGGAUUGCAGGUGUCGCGCUAUUUGUGGCCUCCGCUAUUGUUUACGUCCUAAAGUACCGAAAGCAUAAAUCUUUACCGUCAGAGUCACCGUCAUCUUGA